UUCGCCUGCGGGAGGAGUCAAAGUCCCCAGUUUAGGAGAAGAGCUAGAGUGAGAAUCGGAGCGGGCAGGUGAGAUCGAGGGACUGAAGCGACGAGGAGGAAGGUGCUUGCGGAUCAUGGUCCUCUCCGACUCGCACAGCUUCGCUUGAGCCGUGCUUCCCGGCAGUUGCUCCAGACGCGAGUGGAUUCUAUGCGAAGGGCUUGGGGUUGCUUCUGCGGAGCUGAAGGGUGAGCCGCAGAGUGGAGCGCAGGAAAUACUUAGCGGCUGCAAUCAGGGGGAAAUCUCCAAGCUCUGAAACACAGCCUUCUGACCACAGCCUCAGAAUGUCAGCAAGAAUUUUAGAACCAUGUUUGCUAGACGCAUUACUACCAGCGAGGUUGGUUUGCUAGAAGUUCAGAAGACUGUGGAAAACAGGACUGCAAAAUCCCAACCAAAGAUCCAGCAGAAACUUUAUUUGGACUUGAGUAAGGAAAUUUUCCCGAAGCUUGCCUGUUUGAAACCUGUGCCAACGGGGAUCAGAAGUGUGUGAGCGGGGGAGGGGAUGGGGGGCUUCGCUCUGGAAGUUUAUUGCUGACGAUCUGGCCAAAGGCAUUUUGUUCCUGAAUAUUUUAUUUCUUCCCAAGUGUUUCCGCACAUCACGCCCACAGUUUGUUAGGAACACUAAUUAUUUCUAUUGCAGAUGGACAUUGUUGUAAAUAGCCUUCAUUCCCUGGAAGAGAAAUAGUCGUGUUAUUCUCCGCUUGGAUCAGUGAAAAAGGGGAAUGCGGUUGAGACGAUUAAUUCAUUGAUCUGGGUUUAAAUAGUUCGAUUUUCACCGCGUUGAUCCUAGGAGCCCUUCCUGCAAGGACAUCUCGUGCUUAACCCGUUUCAUGCUUUGAUGGUAGGGAUCAAGACUUUAAGCACCAGAUCGCCGCAGAGGAAUUACCUGCUUCAUACUGUAAUCUUGGAUUACUUGGCGACCGCCUUGCCAGGGAAAUAUGGGGAGUGGAACGGAGACAGUGCAAGGAGCGAUUUACUCAGCUUUGAAAAGUGUCAUGGCCUGGAGGUACCUGUUGGUUACUGUCACUCUCUUAUCGGGAUGCAAACAAGUCCUAGUAGAAGCAAGCUCGUGGUGGUCUUUAGCCAUGAAUCCAAUUCAAAUACCCGAGGUGUAUAUUAUAGGAGCUCAACCUUUGUGUAGUCAGCUGGCUGGGCUUUCUCAAGGCCAGAAGAAGCUUUGCCAGUUGUAUCGGGAUCACAUGCAAUACAUUGGAGAGGGUGCAAAAACUGGCAUCAAGGAAUGUCAACAUCAAUUCAGACACCGGCGGUGGAACUGCAGCACAGUUGAUAACACGUCUGUCUUCGGCAGGGUCAUGCAGAUAGGAAGCCGAGAAACUGCCUUCACCUAUGGGAUUUCUGCUGCUGGAGUGGUGCAUGCUAUCAGCCGAGCUUGUCGUGAGGGGGAGCUGGCCACAUGUGGCUGCAGCCGCACUGCAAGGCCCAAGGAUUUACCACGUGACUGGCUGUGGGGCGGCUGCGGUGAUAAUGUAGAGUAUGGCUACAGGUUUGCAAAGGAGUUCGUGGACGCCAGGGAAAGGGAGAAGAUCUAUCAGAAAGGAACUUAUGAUAGUGCCAGGACAUUUAUGAAUCUGCAUAACAAUGAGGCUGGAAGAAGGACGGUGUACAACCUGGCGGACGUGGCGUGCAAGUGUCACGGGGUGUCGGGCUCCUGCAGCCUGAAGACCUGCUGGCUGCAGCUGGCGGAUUUCAGGAAAGUGGGCGAUGCACUCAAGGAGAAAUACGACAGCGCCACGGCCAUGAAAUUGAACGGGCGCGGCAAACUGGUGCAAGUGAACAGCCGCUUCAACGCGCCCACCACCCUGGACCUGGUUUACGUCGACCAGAGCCCUGAUUACUGCAUCCGCAACGAGAGCACCGGCUCUCUGGGCACCCAGGGGCGCCUGUGCAACAAGACCUCGGAGGGGAUGGACGGGUGUGCGCUCAUGUGCUGCGGUCGUGGCUACGAUCAGUUCAAGACCAUGCGCACGGAGCGCUGCCACUGCAAGUUCCACUGGUGUUGCUAUGUCAAGUGCAAGAAGUGCACGGAAGUAGUUGAUCAGUUCGUCUGCAAGUAACACCACUCAUUCCAACCCCAGCCCCCACCCCCUGAAAAUUAGAGCUACACAGGGACCCCGAGAACUAGAGACUCCGAAGGGGACUCUGCCGUAGCUGAAAUAGUUCAUCUAAUACUUGAGCUAAUUGAAAACGAAUUGACCAAGCCAAAGAAAACACAAUAGCACAUGGACUCUAUCUCUGCUGAAAACACAUCAUAUAAAGUCUGACCAAAGUGGAGGUGAAUGACAUAGCCGUUCAAUGCCCGUCCAACGGCACCUGUACACUGGCGGGUUAUCAAUCCCGACCAGCCCGGCAAAUGCCGAACCUGAUAGACACGGAGUGCACUCGGAAUAACAGCCACGCUUUAUCGGGGAGAGGGGAGAGGUGGGGAAGCGGCAGCGGUAGCUUAUUCCGCCUGUAAAAUGGUCCAGACUGGCCACAUGAAAUGGUUGGCGUUGACGAAUUCUGAGCGGAUGGACCUAACGGCGAAAGCAAUGUCAACUGGACGCCCGUAACUAACUCGUUCUUUUAAGGAAAACGACGUCACGCUAACAACCCGACUAAAGGAUUAUUUUUAAAUAUAAAAAUGACAAUUUAUUAGAUAUAUUUCAGAAUAUGCAUUAAAGCAUGCAAAAAAAACUUACGCUGACAGUCGUUCAUUAGCCAGCCUGAGACUUAAACAUACAGGGGUCCUGUCAUCUGAUGGAAAACAUACAGUUUAAUGUCGCUUUCUAAUAUUUAAAAGCAUAGUUUACUUCAUCGCUUGUCAUGUAUUUAUUUUGCAGACAAUAUUUGCUCUGGUGGUUGUCCGGUUUCUAUGCAUUUCAACAUUCUAUUUCAAACAUGUCAUGGAUAAUGAACUGUCUUACAGACAGGCAAUAAUUUACUGAACAUCUUUAAUUGCAAUAUUUUAAUUUCCAAAAUAGAUAUAUAACUGCAGGUCGAAAACGGGAGAACUUGCUGGGAUGGUAACUAUAUAUUACGGGCAAACUAAGGUUUAUUUUGGUGUCUAAUAUUCCAGCUUUGUAUAUACGUUUACAAUCAGCGGUUUAAAUUGUAUUUAUUUGCAAGUUAUAUUUAGAAUAGAGUGGUCUACCUUUCAGCGUUUUUUAACGGAUUUGCUGUAUUAAUGGUCACCGAACACUUUUCAUUGGUUCCUUACAUCUCUGGAAAUGUCACACGAAGUGGGAUUCUGUCUGUGGGUUGUUUCAUUUUCAACCCCGGGAGCAGUUUGGGAGCGUUCAACUCCGACCGAAUGUUGUACUGACAUAAGUUGUAAAAUUGCUACAGUCAGCACGUGUGCACUCUACAUUCCCAUUUAUUAAAUCGUCUGGGACACA